AUUUAAAAAUGGCGCUCUUUGGUCGUGCUAAUUCGAAUACCUUUUCGUUGUUAAGUCAUUGUUAUUGCAAAAAGUUUAUAAUGGGCACAAGUAGAUUAAAAUCGCGCGGUCGCAUCUCGGUAACAUCAACUGUCACACAACAUAAAAACAAUAAACAAGUUGCAGAAAGCACACUCGAGGCUGAAAUCACCAGACGAAGAAAUCAAGCAUGUCGAAGCUUAUUAAUACAAGUGUACUCGUCGAGAUCAUACAAUGAUCUCCAUAAUUAUUGUUUACAGUUUGGAAACGUCUUGAGUAUGCACCACUACCACAUAAAUAAUCAACAAAAUUAUAUCUUGGUUGAGUUUAAAGAUACAGUGUCGAUAAAUCAAGUUAUGUCGUCUGCUUCUUUUGCAAACGGAUAUAUUACUCCUGUAAAGUCGUCGGUAUUAUGGUUUCGUAAAGGACAAAGUACUACUUCACAGAAAAAUAAUCAGCAAAAGUUACCUUUAUUUGUAGAAAAUGGUUGUCCAUUACAUACCGAAGCAGAGAAAGCAAAGCUAUUGUAUAAUGCAAAAUCGAUAUCAGGGCAGAUAAUAAUUCUUUACGAGACAAUGAAAUUAACUGAUUUAGAGAUAAGACUGAGAUUUCACACUGCUCAUCAUUUAGAGCAAUACUUUUCUAGACUAUUUCAGAAUAUAAAAGUUCUGCCAUUUGGCUCUUCUUUAAAUGGUUUUGGAAGAAGAAGGUGUGACCUUGAUUUAGUUCUUGUUCCUGAUGACACUAGAAAACAUGAUUUCAUGAGUAGAUUGGUAUUUCACACAAAGUCUAUGAACAAUAGCGAUAGGAAUGAAACGAAAGAAUUUUUGGGAAUACUCGCAAACACCAUGCAGCAUUUCAUUCCUGGAAUUCUUAAUGUAAGAAGGAUUCUGGAGGCUCGAGUACCUAUAAUCAAAUUUCGUUAUAACUACACAUUUACUGAAUGUGACUUGAGUGCAACAAAUAUGACUGCUAUAUAUAUGACCGAAUUAUUGAAUUUUUACGGAGAAAUGGAUUGGCGAGUAAGACCGCUUGUUAUAGCAAUACGAGUAUGGGCGAAGAGUCAGGAAUUAACAUUAGACGUACCAGGACAGUGGAUAACAAAUUUUCCCCUUACAUUGUUAGUGCUGUUCUUUUUACAACAAAAGAAGAUAUUGCCGUCCUUAAAAACAUUAAAGCUGUAUGCAACGAGCGAUGACGUUCGUUGCGCAGAGAAUGGCAUCGAUUGCACCUUCCUGCGGGAUAUUAGCAAAUUGCCACCCGAUUACAAAUAUAAGACAAAUCAGGACAGUCUGGAGACGCUUUUAUACGAUUUCUUUGAGUAUUAUUCGACAUUUGAUUUUCAAAUGUAUGGCAUAUGCAUUCGCGAGGGUGUACAGAUUCGAAAACCGUCACGCUCUGCGCUUCAUAUUACCAAUCCUUUAGAAACGACAUUGAACGUUUGCAAAAACGUAAGUCUGUACGAGCUGAAUCGCAUAAUUUCGAAGUCGCACGACGCGAUCUACAUGCUAGAGACCACCGAAAGAUUUGAAAGUAACAGCUGGGGUAUCAUGACUUUAUUGAAAAUGAAUAAUGAUAACAUAGUAAAUCUGAAAAAAUCGAAUACUACGAAAGAACAAACGAAGAAUAUCGAAGAGUACUCGGAAGACAAUUCCUACGAAAUUUCUGAUAAGUUCGAAGUUAGCGAAGUUAAUAUUGACGAAACAAAGACAAAAAAGGAAGAAACAGUAUGAUACCUAAACGAGUA